UUAUGAACGGUAGUCCCCUGUGAUUCCAUGCAUCCACGGUUGAUGACAUUGUAUAUUCGGUUCAAGACAGUAUCGUGCCCCGCGAGUCUACGUUGUAUGGCGGUUCCCAGACCCAUAGUUAGGCAUGUGGAAGGGAUAUGUGACGCGUUGAUGCUAACGUAUGACGAGACAGAGGACAUGGUCAUUCCGAAGAAGAUGGAUUUCGAGUACAUGCAUCUUAGUGUUUGACUGGCAUCGCGAGCUCUGUACGGGGCACUGGCGGCAGGUGGCGGGACCAAACCUGUUACCACAGCGAACUACGUUCUGCUAUGAGUCUUGUGGCAUGCGACAGUGCAAGUGUGAUGAAGGUGGUAGUCAGAUAACAGCUGACCUUCAAUUGAUACUUGUCUGUGUGGAUGGGGCUGCAGAGUUGGUAUUGUCUUAAUUCCCCUCCCCAUCAAUUGCCACCUUCAUCACAUAUGUAUUUUUAAUGACUGUCUACUCAGUCUGUCUGUCCAUACCAACCCAUUCAGUCUAUUAAAUCAUUAUGAUCAAAAUGAGUUGGGCACACCAUACCCAUGUUGGGUGUUUUGGACAAUUCUCUAUCUUGGAAACCAUUCCUGUUGACAAUGUGGUGCAUAGAGUGCCUCAGGGUACAGUGAAAAGUGAAUUUCCUGUGUAAUUUUGUUGUUCCUUCUUUGCUUUCAGAAAGGUUUUAGCAAUCUUGGCCAGAUGUUGAUGGGGUUCUAGCCCCAUCCCCUGAUCUGUGCAGAUCUUUCCCCAGACUAUGGAGGUGACAACAUGAAUUGGUCAGGGUGUUAGAACAUUUAAGAAAACUUGGCUAUCAAUAUCAAUGGUAUUGCUUCUGGACUAUUUAAGCAAUCUGAGCUGUCACCAUCAAAGAUGUUGCUUCUGAGACAGAUGAUGCAUGGUGGGCAGAUGUGCAGUAUGGCAGCCCAGGUGGCUGUCAGACACUCCUUUCUAAGCCCAGUCAUACCCCGAUAUGCAAGUACUUUCCUGAGUGAUGUGCCCUUUGACUUCAGUCCAUAUCAGUGUGUGGGCUUUGACCUGGACAACACGCUAUGCCAGUACCAGGUGCAGCCACUGAUGGAGAUGGCUUACGACCAGUGUCUUGUGCCGCACCUCAUCUCUCGCUGGCAGUACCCAGCCGACGUGUUUGCGCCCAUGUGUGACCAGCUCGAGUUGUGCGCGCGUGGCCUCAUCCUGGACACGAUGCGCGGCAACCUGCUGAAGUUGCGCCACGACGGCGCCGUACUGCGCGCGACGCACGGCUCGCAGCCGCUGACGCGCGCCGAGCUGGUGGAGGCGUACGGUCGGGGCGGCGCGCCGGCGGCCGCCCGCCACCUGGCGCUCUCCGUGGCCGAUCCGCCGUGCGGCACGCUACGCAGUUUCCGCGACUAUUUCGACGCGGACGGCAUCGCGCACAUGUACGCGCGCCAUCAGUUCGCCGCCGACGACGGCGGCUUCUUCAGCCGGCUGCGCGCCGACACGCCGGCGCUGGCGCACCCGUGCAGCGCCGCCGUGCUGCGCCUGCUGCGCCAGCUGCGCAGCCAGGGCAAGCUGCUCUUCCUGAUCACAUCGUCACACGCUGACUACGCGCGGCACAUGGCGCGGCUAGCGCUCGGCGGCGCCGACUGGUUCGACUUUUUCGACGUGGUGGUGACGUACGCCUGCAAGCCGCGCUUCUUCACGGGCCGCGCGCCGUUCCUGGCCUUGGACGCGGCCGACCGCGAGGCGGCGCCAGUGGCGGGCGCUGCGCUGCGGCCUGGCCGCGUGUACUCGCAGGGCAGCUGGGCCGAGCUGUACGGCCUGCUGCAGCGGCAGCUCGGCACCGAGCGGCCCGCCUGCGUCUACGUGGGCGACAACCUCGCGUACGACGUGCACCCGGCGCGCGCCUACACGCGCUGUCACGUGGUCGCCGUCUGCGAGGAGCUGGAGGCGGAGUGGGGUGUGCGCUGCGCGAGCGGUGCGCCCACCACCGUGCGCCACUCGCGCCUCUGGGGCUCGCUGCUCUCGGAGGGCGACCAAGACACGCUGUGGGGCGCCGUGGUGCGCGGCGCGCACGGCUGCGUGCCCAGGGUCGAUUACCUGGUGCCGCACUGAGACGAGGCGGACCGGCUCCGUGGCCGCCGGAGGCUAAUGUCCAACCAUUUGUGACUGGCGAUGUUUCAUGCGUCCCUCCGGGGAUCUUGAAGUUUCUCUGGUAGACGUCGGUAGAUGUGAUUGAUGCACGUAUCAGUAAGGUGUGCGUGCUGCUGCUGGCGUUAUUUACGUUUUACGUGAUUAUUUUUACGAAUUUCCCCGUAGGUGUGUGCUGCCGCAUGCUAGCAAUAUGGAACUAUGAAUGUACGUUUGACGGUCCUUUCUUCCACGUCAUCGCGUGAUAAGUCUUGCGGUUUCUGAGCUGUGCCUUGUGUGUGCUUUUCGCUUGAACAGCGCUAACCUCGCUCAUUUACCGAAACGCUCGAUGGAUUGUGCGUGCUGUAGAACUGUCCCGUGACAGUGCACUUUACCUCGUAGGUGACAAUGCUGGCGUUUUGUGACGUUAACCUUCCAUCUCGAUGACCCCCAAUGCCGAUAGGCACUGCUCUUGGUCGUUUGUGCGGUUUCGUGAUUUCGGGGAGCGCGUUUUGAGUCAUAAAAUGGCGGAUAAUGCGCACUUGUGCAUGGGAUUCCCCAUUUGUGUUGUUAUAUUUGCAUUCCUGAUCUGAUGUGUGUUGCCGUCCGCGUUGAAGACUAACGGUCUCGCAGUCGGCCAUUCUGCAAGGCGCCAUGAUGCACAGUGGUCGGCGCUCUCCAACGCAUCUUACGCUGCAGCCUCGCUAGCCCAAAACCGGAGCAACAGAUAUGGUAGCUUGUCCGCGAGAGGCGGUGCUUUUCACAU